AUGUCCUUCCUCCGCACCGCACCUGCCUUCCGCGCCGGCCUCGGCAUGCGCACCAUCCACACCUCGCGUGUGGCUGCCGUCCAGGCCUCCAAGCAGGUCCGCGCCAUCGCCGCCGACGAGACUGCGGGCUUCAAGUACACCGCGGAGAACGCCAUCCUCAAGGGCACUGUCAACGACGCCGUCGCUGUGCCGACCCCCAACAAGGCCCACGGCUCGUACCACUGGGCCUUUGAGCGCCUCGUCUCGGCCGCCAUCAUCCCCGCCACCGUCGCCGCCGCCGUUGCCUCGCCCACUGCCCACCCCAUCAUGGACGGCGUCCUCGGCGUGACCAUCCUCAUCCACUCGCACAUUGGCUUCUCGGCGUGCAUCGACGACUACGUUGACGAGCGCAAGUUUGGCGCGCUCGGCACCGCGUGCCGCUGGCUCCUCCGCGUCGGCACCGCCGGCGCCCUCGUCGGCAUCUACGAGUUCAACACCAACGACAUUGGCCUCACCGAGCUCUGUGAGAAGGUCUGGAAGGCUUAA